AUGACAUCAAAGAGGAUCUGGAGAGCAAGGCAUCGCAGACGCCGUGGUUCAGCAGCUGACCUCAAGGACCACAAAGAAGCCACUUCCGCUCUUCCUCGUCAAGACGAAGAUGCCGGAAAAGCUUGCAGAGAUCCAGAGGCUGGCAAUGCUCACGGUCAGCUUCGAGAGGAAGAAAAAAGUCUUCCGAGCCAGCCAGUGCUACCGCUGCCAGCGGUACGGGCACACACAGCGGAACUGCCGUCUCGCUGA